UCAUGUUCCAGACUCGUUGUGCCGUUUGGUGUGACCGGAUUGUACGGAUGAGGAGACGCUGACCAGGAGAAAGGGCGCCUUAGAUGUCAGACAUCUCAAAGAUGACAAGAAGUGAGUAAAAGUCAUGGAGCGAUCCGGUCACAUCGUGACGACUGAGUCGGGGAACACCACUAACGACAGUUUCAUCACAGCUUCAUCCGCCGCCGUGGAUGAGAGCGCAGAGAGUCUGGCCUUUCAGAUCAGCCUGGCGGUGGUUCUGUCCGUCAUCACACUGGCCACCACUUUAUCCAACGCGUUCGUCAUUGCAACGAUCUCGCAGUCGAAGAAGCUGCAAACUCCUGCCAACUUCCUCAUCGCCUCUCUGGCCGUCACCGACCUGCUCGUGUCCAUCCUGGUGAUGCCCAUCUGCGUCCUGUACACCGUCAUCCACACCUGGACGCUGGGGCAAGUCGUGUGCGACAUCUGGCUCUCCUCGGACAUAACGUGCUGCACCGCCUCCAUCCUCCACCUGUGCGUAAUCGCCCUGGAUAGGUACUGGGCCAUCACGGACGCGGUGGAGUACUCCAAAAAGCGCACUCCGGGACGCGCGGCCGGGAUGGUGGCCACAGCCUGGGUCAUCGCCAUCUCCAUCUCCCUGCCGCCGCUCUUCUGGAGGCAGGUGAAGGCGGAGGAGCUGACGAGCUGCGGCGUCAACACGGAUCAUAUUUUCUACACCAUCUACUCCACCUUCGGGGCUUUUUACAUCCCCACCUUGCUGCUCAUCGUCCUCUACGGGCGGAUUUACGUGGAGGCACGGAAGCGCAUCCUGAAGCAGUCCCCCAAGAAGGUGGGGAAGAGACUCACCUCCGCGCACCUGGUCAACAACUCCCCCGGCUCCGUGACAUCCACGACCUCGCUGCAGUACGGGAGACACGACGCUGCGCUCGGCGACACUGGCUCCUCGGCCGGCGACAACCAGGUGAAAGUGACGGUGUCUGACGCGCUGCUGGAGAAGAAGCGGAUUUCUGCAGCCAGAGAGAGAAAAGCCACAAAAACUUUGGGGAUAAUCCUCGGCGCGUACAUCGUCUGCUGGCUGCCCUUCUUCAUUUACACGCUGGUGGUGGCCACAUGCGACACGUGUCUGAACCCCGAGUUAUUCGACUUUUUCACCUGGCUGGGAUACCUGAACUCCCUCAUCAACCCCAUCAUUUACACCAUGUCCAACGAGGACUUCAAGAAAGCUUUCCAAAAACUUGUGCGCUUCAGGUGCUGCAGGUGGUGAAAACAGACGCUCCCUCAGUUCCCAAUCAAAGCUGCUGAUGCAUUUGCUUUAGGAUAUCAUGCAUAAAAACAUGGAGCUGUGAGAAAACAACAUUUUUGAGACUGUUAUCAAAAGCUGAGCAAGCGAUGGAACAACCACCAAUUCACAGGCACCUGUGAGGGGAUUUUAAAAGUCAGGUUCAUAAAACAAAGACAGAAAAUGUGCAGUGAAAUCAUUUCAUUAAAUCCGUGUAUUUAUUCUAGCAAGACUUGAA